GGGGAGGGUAUGUGUGGUAAUUCUUAGAACAAGGGCAGGAUGUGUGCAGGGGUAUGGUGCGUGUGGUUGGCACUGUGUGUGGUGGCGCUGUGUGCAGGGGCAGGGUGUGUGUGGUGGCGCUGUGCAGCGGGGCAGGGUGUGUGUGGUGGUGCUGUGCGCAGGGGCAGAUGUGGUGGUGCUGGCGCAAGGGCAGUGUGCGCGGUGGCUCUGUGUGCAGGGGCAGGAGGCGUGUGUGGGCAGGGGCCGUUGUGGGGCGCUGGUCCUGGCUCCUGGCUGCGGGCUCUCUGUGUCCUACGAGCAGGGCUGGUGCCCGAGGCUUGGAGCGGGAGGCCCAGCUCGCCCCCUGGCCAGGCGGCGGCUCCCGGCAAGUGGCCGCGGGCGGGAGCUGAGCACUGUGGAGCGGGGCGGGGGCUCUCGGGGCCGGGCGGGAAGGACACCCACCUACGUCGCCUUGUGGCGGGCUUUUCCCCUCCUCCUUUUCGUCGCUGCUGACGCGCCGCUGCCUAUUAAUCAUUCUCCAGCCAGAGAGCGGCAAUUAGCGCCGCUCGGCUCGGCGGUGGCAGCCUCCUCCCCCCCAUGCCAGCCUCGGGCGGGAGAGCUCGGCGCGGCUCCGCCAGGAUGCCGAGCCGGGCGGGCGGCCAGCGCCGGCUGCUCUGAACCCGCGGGAGGGGAGGGAGGGAGGGCUGGGCAGAGGAUGCUCCCCAAUGGCACCUGCCCCAGGCUCCCGGGCGGUGCAGGGGGAGGCAGCGGCAGUAGCGGCGGCGGGAGCGGAGGGAGCUGCAGUGGCUGCAGCGCCGGCGGGGUCCUGGAGGAGGCAGCGGCCGGGGGCAUGGACUCGGGCGGCAGAAACUCCUCCGGCGCCCCGAACGGCACCCUGAGCGAGUCGCAAGGCAGCGCCAUCCUCAUCUCCUUCAUCUACUCGGUGGUGUGCCUGGUGGGGCUGUGCGGCAACUCCAUGGUCAUCUACGUGAUCUUGCGCUACGCCAAGAUGAAGACGGCCACCAACAUCUACAUCCUUAACCUGGCCAUCGCCGACGAGCUGCUGAUGCUCAGCGUGCCCUUCCUGGUCACCUCCACCCUGCUGCACCACUGGCCCUUCGGCUCGCUGCUCUGCCGCCUGGUGCUCAGCGUGGACGCCAUCAACAUGUUCACCAGCAUCUACUGCCUGACGGUGCUCAGCGUGGACCGUUACGUCGCCGUGGUGCACCCCAUCAAGGCGGCCCGCUACCGCCGGCCCACCGUGGCCAAGAUGGUCAAUCUAGGCGUCUGGGUGCUCUCCAUCCUCAUCAUCUUGCCCAUCAUCAUCUUCUCCAACACGGCGCCCAACAGCGACGGCACGGUGGCAUGCAACAUGCUCAUGCCCGAGCCCACCCAGCGCUGGCUGGUGGUCUUCGUGCUCUACACCUUCCUGAUGGGCUUCCUGCUGCCCGUGGUGGCCAUCUGCCUCUGCUACAUCCUCAUCAUCGCCAAGAUGCGCAUGGUGGCGCUCAAGGCCGGCUGGCAGCAGCGCAAGCGCUCCGAGCGGAAGAUCACCCUCAUGGUCAUGAUGGUGGUGAUGGUCUUCGUCAUCUGCUGGAUGCCCUUCUACAUCGUGCAGCUGGUCAACGUCUUCGUGGACCAGGACGACGCCACCAUCAGCCAGCUGUCGGUCAUCCUAGGCUACGCCAAUAGCUGCGCCAACCCCAUCCUCUACGGCUUCCUCUCGGACAACUUCAAGAGAUCCUUCCAGCGGCUUUUGUGCCUCAGCUGGAUGGACAACGCCACUGAGGAGCCCGUCGAUUACUACGCCACCGCCCUGAAGAGCAGGGCGUACAGCGUGGAGGACUUUCCCCCUGACAACUUGGAAUCGGGAAGCGUGUACAGGAACGGCACUUGCACCUCCAGGAUUACCACCCUCUGAGGAAGCGCGCAGCCGCCGCCCCCGCAGGCGCAAGGCAGCCGGGGACUGCGGGCUGAGGGUGGUAGGGUCUGGAGGGGGUGUUAGCUUCUGUUUGGAAACAACAGAGUUGGGCACGAAAAGGGAAGGACACCUUAUUCCCUGGCCGGCUGCCCUUCACCCCGCCCCCUCUGUAUUUCAGUUGCGUUGUGUUUGCUGAUGCUACUACACCCCUAGUCAAUUAUUAACGGUGUGCCCCUCAGAUGGACUUUAGGUUCCUCGCCCCGUCGCUUCCUCCCCGUUGUGUCUGAUCAGCGUGUGUGUGGGUCAGUGAGGUCUCUUGUUGACUUUGUUUAUUUUAGUACUUGUGUCCUCCUCUCGUCCCCUCCCCCCCGUCCCCCUUGGUUCCCUUGCCAUUAUGGUGGCACAUCUCUGUGCUGCUCUUUUCAGGGUCGUGUUGCUCGGUGUCUAAUUGAUCCAGUCCUGUGGAAGGCAGGUACACUGCUGGCAGCAGACUUUGCCCCUGUGCCUUGGAAGCCAUAAAACAUGAGGGGAUGCUCUGUCAAAAGCUAGGAAAUCGCUCAGUUUCCAUGCCACAGAUUAACUCGCUCCCUCUGCCGAAACCACUACUGACUGGAAAAUUACUGCAAAAGGAGACCGGAUUUCUGGUCAGAGUAGACACAGGAAAGGUCCCCUUUCACCCAGCUACAGAGAAAGAGCAAACAAACCUUCAUCCCCCACAACGGAGAGAAAAGCUUCUACCGUACAACAGUGGCAAACUCAUGAAGUCAUAUUUCAAGUAGGGGCACAACAUAACACAACAUAACUCCAGCAAGAGUUCUCUUUCUGUCUCUCUCUCGGGUAAGGAUGUGAAAAGACAACGGGGGGAGAGAGAACCACUAGAGGGGACUUCCAUUGAGAUUUAGCAUUCAGUGGCACUCGUGGGGAGAGGGGGAGGCUGGAAAUGGGAACGAAAAGGCCUCCUAAGAAAGAAAUGCGAUUAUUUCAUUAUCUCAGAGCUGCCCAGCAGGGCUGAUAAGAGAUACACAGACCCGUGACUCGCAUGUAGCAGGGUAUUGGACGCGGGGCGGGGGUGGGGAGGUUGAUGUUUGAACUGGGAAAUAUUUGGCUGUGUGGGUACAUAUAAUAAAGGUGUGCAAAUAAUAAAGUUUAAAGGGAGCACUAGGCUGCGAAGCUAUUAGCCGGCGAGUGUUGCGCUCACCGUGAAACAACCCACAAGGAAUAAAAAAGACGCAAACUAUGAACUGAGACAAAAGCAGGACAGUCCACUUGGCCGUUUUUGCAGUUUGAAUCACCUAGACUAAGGAAAGUUUAUUGCAGAUCCUUCAUCGAGCUUUGAAAUAAAUAUGCGCCUGUCAGUUCAACAGUAGCAUUACCUAGCUCCACUUCGCACCUCUCCUAAACUAAACGGGGUUUAGGUAUCAACAAUGUAAUCUACAUUCCCGGAGAUUCACUAUAUGUUUGAUUUUGAUUGUUGUUAUGUAUGUGCUUAAUAUAUUGUUUGAUUUCUCUGUAUUUUUUGUUGUUACCGUGUUGUGAAAACGUUCUCUUUGAAGCAGUUUAUUCUAUGUACUCAAGUCUUGGCGGCCACAUACAAAGGGGUGCAGUUUAAAAGGGUGAUGUUCCUUUUAGGAGAAAAAGAUAACCUUUUUCUAGGCUUUCUUUUUCCAUUAUUUCUCCACGACAAUUCUUUUUCCUGUCUUUUCGCACCUUGUUCGUGCACUUUUUGGAAUAUUUUUUCUAAUAGAAAAACAGUGUUUUCCUAUUUGAUAAAUGCUGGUGGCUAAAGCAAAAAAAAAAAAAA